AUGCGCCGCUCGGUAAUUGAUAAAACCAGUUCUGUUAGCGGUGAUCUACGGCCCCCGGGGCGAGCCGGGGAUAAUGCUGCGAUUCUGCACCGAGACGACGGUGACCAUCAUCAAAGCGUUAACGGUAACGGCGGCGCGGGCAAGGACGCGGAAAAUUAUUCCCGCGCUUCCGCGCCGAGACGCCAUCUUGGGAGCGACUACCGCACAAGAUGGCCGCCCCGCCAUCUGAUGACGUCGCUGAUUGCGCACGUG